CGCCAGCGCCGCCGCGGCGCGGCUCGGCUCAGUGUGUGGGUGAGCGGCGGCCGGCCGGGAGCGGGCGCGGCCCGCGGCCUCAGCAUGGAGGACGGCUUCUCGAGCUACAGCAGCCUGUACGACACGUCCUCGCUGCUCCAGUUCUGCAACGAUGACAGCGCGUCUGCCGCGAGUAGCAUGGAGGUGUCAGACCGCAUCGCCUCCUUGGAGCAGCGGGUCCAGAUGCAGGAAGACGACAUCCAGCUGCUCAAGUCAGCGCUGGCUGACGUGGUUCGGCGGCUGAACAUCACUGAGGAGCAGCAGGCUGUGCUCAACAGGAAAGGACCUACCAAAGCAAGACCACUGGUGCAGACCCUGCCUUUAAGAACCACCGUCAACAAUGGCACCGUGUUACCAAAGAAACCCAGUGGCUCCCUGCCGUCCCCCUCCGGGGCCAGGAAGGAAACCCCUAUGCCGGCAACCAAAAGCAGCAUCAAGCGGACCAGCUCUUCUGAGCGAGUAUCUCCUGGGGGCCGGCGGGAGAGCUCUGGGGACUCCAAAGGCAGCCGGAACCGCACAGGCUCCACCAGCAGUUCCUCUAGUGGCAAGAAGAACAGCGAAAGCAAACCCAGGGAGCCCGUGUUCAGUGCAGCCCUUCAGUCUCUGUCUCCGAAAUCACAAGGGAAGCGCCGGGUGACGCACUGCAAAGAGGAAGGAUAUGUGAAAAUGUUUCUUCGCGGACGCCCUGUUACCAUGUACAUGCCCAAAGAUCAAGUGGACGCUUACAAUUUGGAAGCAAAAGCUGAACUCCCCACCAAGAGGCUGAAGCUGGAAUGGGUCUACGGGUACCGGGGGCGAGACUGUCGGAACAACCUGUACCUGCUCCCGACAGGGGAGACGGUGUAUUUCAUCGCCUCGGUGGUGGUGCUGUACAACGUGGAGGAGCAGCUGCAGAGGCAUUACUCGGGCCAUAAUGACGACGUGAAGUGCCUAGCAGUUCACCCCGAUAGGAUCACUAUAGCAACAGGACAAGUCGCAGGCACGUCUAAGGAUGGAAAACAACUGCCCCCACAUGUGCGCAUCUGGGAUUCUGUGACAUUGAACACGCUGCAUGUCAUCGGGAUAGGCUUCUUUGACCGAGCUGUCACCUGUAUUGCAUUCUCAAAAUCUAACGGAGGAAGCAACCUCUGCGCUGUGGACGACUCCAAUGACCACGUACUGUCCCUGUGGGACUGGCAGAAAGAAGAGCGGCUGGCCGACGCGAAGUGUUCUAAUGAAGCUGUGUUUGCUGCGGAUUUCCACCCCACGGACACCAAUGUCAUAGUCACCUGUGGAAAAUCACAUCUCUACUUUUGGACACUUGAAGGAAACUCCCUCAAUAAGAAGCAAGGAUUGUUUGAGAAACAGGAAAAGCCAAAGUUUGUCCUCUGCGUGACGUUUUCUGAAAACGGUGACACCAUUACUGGAGAUUCCAGUGGCAACAUCUUAGUAUGGGGAAAAGGUACCAACCGCAUAAGCCACGCCGUCCAAGGGGCCCACGAGGGCGGCAUUUUUGCGCUUUGCAUGCUGAGAGACGGCACGCUGGUGUCCGGAGGAGGGAAAGACCGGAAGCUCGUUUCUUGGAAUGGAAACUAUCAAAAACUUCAUAAAACUGAGAUUCCUGAACAGUUUGGCCCAAUCCGGACGGUGGCCGAGGGGAAGGGCGAGGUCAUCCUCAUAGGCACGACUAGGAACUUCGUCCUGCAGGGCACCCUGUCAGGGGACUUCACACCCAUCACUCAGGGUCACACUGAUGAGCUCUGGGGACUGGCCGUCCAUGCUUCCAAACCUCAGUUCUUGACCUGUGGGCAUGACAAGCACGCCACUCUCUGGGACGCUGUCGGCCACCGGCCUGUCUGGGACAAAAUCAUAGAGGAUCCAGCUCAGUCUUCUGGUUUUCAUCCUUCAGGGUCUGUGGUUGCGGUCGGAACACUGACUGGGAGGUGGUUUGUGUUUGACACAGAAACAAAAGACCUGGUCACCGUCCACACGGACGGCAACGAGCAGCUGUCCGUGAUGCGCUACUCCCCAGAUGGGAACUUCUUAGCCAUCGGCUCUCAUGACAACUGCAUCUACAUCUACGGAGUCGGGGACAACGGGAGGAAGUACGCGCGGGUUGGCAAGUGCUCGGGUCACUCCAGUUUCAUCACCCACCUGGACUGGUCUGCAGACUCUCAGUACCUCGUGUCCAACUCCGGGGACUACGAAAUCCUUUACUGGGUCCCCUCUGCUUGCAAGCAAGUCGUAAGUGUGGAGACUACGAGAGACAUUGAGUGGGCUACCUAUACCUGCACUUUGGGAUUCCAUGUCUUUGGAGUGUGGCCGGAAGGCUCGGAUGGAACUGACAUCAACGCCGUCUGUCGGGCCCAUGAGAAAAAACUGCUGUCAACGGGGGACGACUUCGGCAAAGUGCACCUCUUCUCCUACCCCUGCUCUCAGUUUAGGGCUCCAAGCCACAUAUACGGCGGACAUAGCAGCCACGUCACCAACGUCAACUUCCUCUGUGAAGACAGCCACCUCAUCUCCACGGGCGGGAAGGACACAAGCAUCAUGCAGUGGCGAGUUGUGUAGGCCCUGCCGGAGCCGCGGGAGCAGAUUGCGCCCAGGAGACACAGAUUCGCGUUCCACUUGGUCACUGUGAUUUCUGUUUUGUCUAAAAAUUCUUACAACCUCAGGAAAACUAUCCCUCUACCGGUUACCUUAGCUUAGGGAGUCCGCGAGCGCCCUGCCAGAGAGCGGUCCCCUUUCCGCUUUUCUUGUAUAAUAUAUAAAACUGUGCAUAUUGCAUAUAGAAAAGGUCCCAAGGUCUACGUGACCGUGGCAUCAACAGAAGAAACUGGUGUCACUUUUCUAUGAACUUUUCAAAAAUGGUCACAGAAUGCCUUUUAAAAUAUUGUACAUAGUCUUCACUGUUCCACCAUCUAGCUUGCUAAGUCCAGUAUCAGUGAUGACGAGGUACUGAACUUGACCGCCAUUCACCAAAUGGUCCUUGAGAAGAGUGAACACUGAUUUUGCACAGAUGGAUUGGGAAAUGCAAAUAUGAGACUUUCUUUGGUUACAUUUUCUAAGAUGUCGUUCUGGUCCCCCUUUGGGAGGCUGGUGAUAGGGGGCUCGUUCCUCUGUAGGCAGCCUGUGCUUCAGACCAACUGUCGCAGCAGGGCACACGGGCGCAAGAGUAUGCGACUUAGACUGUCGUCCUGGCCACUCGCAGUCAGCCCCUGAGCACCUCUGUGAACCACAGCCCCUCUGCUCCCGCUCACGUACCCUGAUCAGCGGCAAGACGCUCGGCCGCCUUCCCUUGUGUGUUAACUGGCAUGAUAUGGUGUUGUACUUGUGUAGGAUGCUAGCAGCUCAUGACAGACCCUCAAGGCUAGUUCCACUGCUUUACGCUUACGGAUAUUGUACAUUUGUAUUUUACGAUCAAGUAGACCAAGCCGAGGAGGAAUCUCCUCCGUGUCCCGUCAACCCGAGGGGAGACGUCUCAGAAGGCUCCAGGCACGAAGGCGGCUUCUUCUGUCUUUUGUGCGUGGCUGGCUCCCAACAGUAUGGAGUAAGACCGUGUCCUGAUGAGUAAGACGCAGGUGGUAUCAAUCUGUCGAGAAGGCCUUAUCCAUUGUGGGACAGAUUGAAAUUCAUUGUUUACAUUGGGGAAUAUAUCUUGGAUUUUUAAAUAGAAGAGUAAUAAACCAACUUAAGAACAAAUAUUAAGAUUUUUACUCAUUCUAGGCAAGUGAGUGAAUUGCGUCAUCUGAAUGUCACGGCACUGGAUGUUUUCAGUGGCUGAUUAGGUGUGACGUUUGGAAAUAGUCUUCGUGACAUCUCCAGCCUGCCAUGGCAGUGCAGGCACCUGUAAGCAACAUGUAUUAAAGAUGACUGUUUGUAUUAUCCUUAUCAAAUAUAUUCUAUAAUGAAAUAAAACUUGAAAAGUGGAUUUCUUAUUGACCUAUAUUCGUGAAAGUAUAUACAUUAAAAUAUUUAAAAUCA